AUGACUGAAAUUGAUCCUGACUGCAGCGAUCAUUGGCUCAAACAUAAAUUUAUUCAAAAACUUCGAUCUAAUAUCCGUACUCGUCUAUAUGUUGAUAUUAAUUUACCAAUUCGUGAUAUUGUUCGUAAAUCUCAGAAUAUCGAAUCUAGCAUUGAACAACAGAAGGUUGAUGAAAAACUCAAGUUAGUUGCCAAUCAAGAGAAGAAAAAUAUACCAAGUCUUCUUACUAACAAUUUAUCCAUCAAUAGCAACAAUCAUCAACCGCUAUCAUCUCCACCUACAAAUAAUUUAUCUAGUUCGCGUUAUACCAGCGAUAAUAUAUUUUCAACGCACAAUACUUCAAACCUUAAUACUUAUAAUAAUCAAAACAACUUAAACAAUAACUCCAAUAAUAAUUAUAAUUUUCGUCCUAACAGGGAAAAAAAUUACAAUAAUUUGUCUUACGUUAAUAAUUUUAAUAAGCCUACCAAUCAAUACAACAAUAAUUAUAAUAACAAUAACAAUAACAAUAACAACAAUAAUCAGAAUCAUAAUAAUAAAAAUAAUCCUAAUCGCAUUAAUCGUAACAGCAACUAUAAUAAUAAUACUAAUCAUAAUUCUAUCGGCAACCACCCACGUUCUAUUCUUAAUUCUUACAAUUCUUCCAACAAUUCCACUCGAUCACGUCCGCCACAAUCCACCAAUCUAGACAACGGCAACCGUUCAUCAACUAGCAAAACAACUCGUUUGUGGUGUUCUCAUUGUCAACGACAUGGACACUCUUAUGAACGAUGCUCAUCCAAUCCUGACAGUAUUAAUUACCGACCAAAUUCAUCUUCAUAUCAUUAUUCUUCAUCACCGUCGCAUUUACCAUGA